AUGGCUCGGCCUCUCUCCAACCACCGCUGCCAGGACCUCCUCGUGGCCGUCACCGUCGUCGCGGCGUUCCUCGUCGCCGCCGGGGACGCGUCCAGCGUCGGGUUCGACCUCCACCACCGCUUCUCGCCGGUGGUCCGGCGGUGGGCGGAGGCCGGGGGCCACCCCUUCGCCGCGCAGGAGUGGCCAGCCCAAGGCUCGCCGGAGUACUACUCCGCGCUGUCCCGCCACGACCGCGCCCUCCUCGCCCGCCGCGCCCUCGCAGGCGGCGCCGAUGGGCUCCUCACCUUCGCCGCCGGCAACGACACCGUACAAUACAUCGGAUCGCUGUACUACGCGGUGGUGGAGGUGGGCACGCCGAACGCGACGUUCCUGGUGGCGCUGGACACCGGCAGCGACCUCUUCUGGGUGCCGUGCGACUGCAAGCAGUGCGCGUCCAUCGCCAACGUCACCGGGCAGGCCGCGACGCGGCUCCGCCCCUACAGCCCGCGGGGGUCGUCGACGAGCAAGCAGGUGACGUGCGACAACGCGCUGUGCGACCGUCCCAACGCCUGCUCCGCCGCGACCAACGGCAGCUGCCCGUACGAGGUCCAGUACGUGUCCGCCAACACCUCCACCUCCGGGGUGCUGGUGCAGGACGUGCUCCACCUCACCCGGGAGCGCCCGGGCGCCGCCGCCGCCGGGGAGGCCCUGCAGGCGCCCGUCGUGUUCGGGUGCGGGCAGGUGCAGACGGGCUAUUUCCUGGACGGCGGCGCCUUCGACGGCCUGAUGGGGCUCGGCAGGGACAAGGUGUCCGUGCCCAGCGUGCUCGCCGCCAGCGGCCUCGUCGCGUCCGACAGCUUCUCCAUGUGCUUCGGCGACGACGGCGUCGGCCGCAUCAACUUCGGCGACGCCGGCAGCCGCGGCCAGGGCGAGACGCCCUUCACCGGGCGGAGCACGCUGUACAACGUGAGCUUCACGUCCAUCAACGUGGAUACCAAGUCAGUGGCGGCGGAGUUCGCCGCCGUCAUAGACUCCGGCACGUCCUACACGUACCUCAGCGACCCGGAGUACACGGAGCUCGCCACCAAUUUCAACUCGCUGGUCCGCGAGAGGAGAGCCAAUUUCAGCAGCGGCUCUGCGGACCCUUUUCCCUUCGAGUACUGCUACAGAGUCAGCCCUAACCAGACAGAGGUGGUGAUCCCGGACGUGAGCCUGACGACCAAGGGCGGAGCCCUGUUCCCGGUCACCCAGCCGUUCAUCAUCUUGAUCGACACGGACGCCCGCCGUGCCGUCGGUUACUGCCUGGCGAUCAUGAAGAAUGACCUCGGCAUCAACCUCAACAUCAUCGGCCAGAACUUCAUGACCGGCCUCAAAGUCGUCUUCGACCGGGAGAAGUCCGUCCUAGGCUGGGAGAAGUUCGACUGCUACAAGAACGCGAGGGUGGCGGACGCGCCGGACGGGAGCCCGAGCCCGUCCCCGGCGGCCAGGCCGACCAAGAUCACGCCGCGGCAGAACGACGUUGGCGGCAACGGGUACCCCGGCGCGGCGCCCUUGCCGAGGUCGGCCGGCUCCCGCAACGCCGCUGCCAGCGCGCUGGGAGCGGGAGGCCUCUCGCUGCUGAUGCUGGCGGCUGCGGCGCUCGUCUGA